AGGGAGCCGGCUAUCUUCCAUGCCGAAGCUCUCCCACGGUGCAAGAUCGGCAGCUAGUUGUGUUGAGAUCGGCUGCGUGUUGUGUCGAACGAAGAUGGCUGCUUCAGGUACAGAUGUUCAGAGCAAACUGGCAUUAUUAGCUCUUUUGGUGCUAAACGAUGCAGAAAUACAUGCUACUGAGAGAAGAAGAAAGAAAGAAUGGACGAAAAACUGGAUUAAGAGGAGAAACGCUGGGAAAGGUGUGCUCUCCAUGCUUCAUAAAGAGUUGAGGAUAGAAGAUCGCACAUCCUUUGCAAAUUUUAUUCGAAUGGAUGUACUGGUAUUUGAAGAACUGCUUCGUAUGGUUUCGCCUUUGAUUCAGAAGAAAGACACGGUGAUGCGUCAGGCAAUUACGGCGCGGGAAAGGCUUGCUGUCACACUGCGUUUCCUAGCGACCGGAAACACUUACAAAGAUUUGGCCUAUUCUACACGAAUAGCGAACAACACGCCCUCCCGUAUGAUACCAGAGACUUUGACGGCCAUAGCAAGCGUGUUAGGAGAUAAUGCUAUACAGUGUCCACGUGAUCCUGCCGAGUGGAGAGUAAUAGAAGAUGGGUUCCACAGCCUCUGGCAAUUCCCGCAUUGCAUUGGAGCACUUGAUGGGAAACAUGUCAAGUUUAGGCCUCUGCGCUCUGAUGGUUCAUCAUUCAGAAACUACAAAGGUCACGACAGCAUAGUUCUUUUAGCUCUAGUAGAUGCUAAUUAUAAAUUUUUGUUUGUGGACAUUGGCAGAAAUGGAAGAAUGAAUGAUGGUGCAAUAUUCAGAGAGAGUGCCUUGUUCAUGAAACUCAUGGAUGGUUCAUUAAAUUUGCCACCAAAGUCUCCACUUCCAGGUAGUGACAUCUGUGUUCCCUACAUGUUUGUGGCAGAUGAUGCUUUUGCGUUAAAGGAAAAUUUAAUGAAACCAUAUCCUGAACGUGACAUGACACCUGAAAAAAGAAUUUUUAACUACAGAAUUUGUAGAGCACGUAGAGUUGUGGAAAAUGCCUUUGGCAUAAUGUCAAACAAAUUCAGAAUUUUGCUGCAGACUAUUCCACUAUCUGUUUCCAAAGUAGAGCUCAUUACAAAAGUGUGUUGCUUGCUACAUAAUUUUGUACUUGCCAGAAACUCUCAAGGAUAUAUCCCUCCAAAUGUAGAUGAAUUACCAUGUCUUCCUGGCAUUGCUACUCAGGGUGCAAAUCAUAGUGCAGCCAGUGCCAGAGAAGUGAGACAACAUCUGACAUGGUAUUUCAAUACUGUUGGCAGAGUUCCAUGGCAGGAAAGGUGUGUUCAGGAAGGUAACAGAUAAUGGUUUAAUAUGUUUCUGAGACAUUACCUUAUUCAUUGUUUCAUUUUCAGUCCUUUGGCAUAUUGACAGUGAUUUUGUGUGUGUGUGUGUGUGUGUGUGUGUGUGUGUGUGUAGGUGAGAGAGAGAGAGAGAGAGAGAUAAAUAUAAAUUUAUAUGUAUCUAGAGAGAGAGAGAGAGAUAAAUAUAAAUUUAUAUGUAUCUCAAGCAAUGAUUGGAACCUGUGCAAGACCUUGCAAAAAUCUUAUCUUAUUUUGUAUAACAGCUCCACAAUUAAUUACCUGGGACAUGUAGAGAGCCACUAUUAUGAAAUAAUAUUGUUCUUGGAUGGUUAUGAAGAAGGUAUGGAAAGACCUACUAAACAUUUAUGUAUCCCAAAUUAACAGUUU